AUGGUUUCAAAUCAAAAACUUGCUAAUGAUUUAGUUAUUUCCAUCUCAACUAUAUUUAUUUUAAGUACAACUAUUUUAUCUAUCUCAACAAAUAAUUGGAAUGUAGAAUAUGAAAAUUCAAUUAUCAAUCGAACAGGUUUAUUUCAACAAUGUUCAAAUUCAUUUUGUUGUGAUACAAAAGAAUUAGAUCGAUCAAUAACAUUAUUAGUUUUAUUUAGUAUUAUUUUUCUAACAAUAAGUACACUUUCAUCAUGUUUUUUAAUGGCAAUAAUAAUUGAUUAUAAAAAUCAAUGUUAUAUACUUGUACCAUUGACAUUAUUUAGUGCAGGUAUAUUAAUGACAUUAACAUUAAUUCAAAUACUUGAUCAAAUUUAUCUUAAUGGUUAUUCAGCAUUUAUAUUUUUUAUUGAUACUAUUCUUGCUUAUAUAUUAGGCGCAAUUUCACUUUUACAUGCUAAUAUGUUCUAUUUUUAA